AUGGCUGCAGAAAAAGAGCUCAAGGCCCAAUGGCCAGUCGAGACUGAGCUACCGGAGUAUACGCUGAAAGACGUUGCAGCGCAUAAUACCAAGAAAGAUACAUGGAUUGUUAUCCAUGGACAAGUCUUUGAUAUCACGGAAUACCUGCAAGAUCACCCAGGCGGUGCAGAGGUGUUGGUCGAUACAGCUGGCACAGAUGCCACUGCAGCUUACGAGGAUGUUGGUCAUUCAGAGGAUGCGCGUGAAAUCAUGCAGCCUUAUCUGGUGGGUGUACUCAAAGAUGCCCAGCAAUUUGUUCGACCACAGGCCGUUCGAGUGGUAUCACAGAAGGAGCCAGAGAAGAAGUCCUCGAGAAGCCCUGUAGGACUCGUCGCCGGUGCUUUAGCCGUGAUGCUCCCAGUCCUUUAUAUUUGCAGUCGGGGAAAGCUUCAUUCGCACGUAGGCGCCAUCUCCCAGCUCAUGCCCCAUCAACUGAGGGGUUUCCGUCUUCCCCGGGGUGGCUUUGUGAAUGGAUUCCUUGCGGCAAGCACCAUUAGUGGCGCAAUCGGAGUCUUAGUCGCGAAACAGGCCAGCCGAUUCACCAAAAUUGAUUCUGGUUUCAUGCGUUACCCACCGCGCAUGAAGGCCAAGAGGGUGAUUCGUGCGGAUCCUCACUUGACCCGUGGAUUCCUCGAACCGCAAAACUACCAGAGCCUCCCUCUCGUGCAAAAGGACCAGCUGUCAGCGAAUGUCUACCGCUUUGUCUUUGCUCUACCUAAUAUCAAUAGUGUUCUUGGUCUGCCCAUCGGACAACACGUCGCCAUCAAGGCCGUCGUCGACGGCAACUCAGUGACCCGCUCAUACACCCCAACCUCUAACAACCUCGACCGCGGCCGGCUCGAGCUAGUUGUGAAAUGCUACCCGGAAGGUCUCCUGAGUGGACGAUACCUAGCGGGGCUAUCUGUGGGUGAUGAAGUGGAGUUCCGUGGGCCCAAGGGCGCCAUGCGCUACCACAACGGACUCUGCCGCAAGAUUGGCAUGGUGGCUGGCGGCACAGGAAUUACACCCAUGUACCAAGUGAUCCGUGCGAUCUGUGAAAACGACACCGACACGACAGAGGUUAACCUAAUCUACGCGAACCGCAGCGAAGCCGAUAUUCUGCUCCGCGAAGAGCUGGAGGCAUUCGCCCGUCGAUACCCCCAGAACCUCAAGAUCUGGUACAUGCUCGACACGGCACCAGAAGACUGGGCAUACGGAACGGGACACGUGGAUCGCGACGUCCUUGAAAAGCAUCUCCCAGCGCAAUCGCCCGACACCAAGAUUUUCCUCUGUGGGCCUCCAGGCAUGGUCACGGCGACCAAGAAAAACUUGGCAGGACUGGGAUUCACCAAGCCAGGACCGGUGUCAAAGAUGAGCGACGAAAUCUUUUGUUUCUGA